AUGGCAUGCAGUACCCGCGCAAACGAGCCGUCACUGCAUGCCAGCUCUGUCGCACUCGCAAGACAAAAUGCGACAACCAGCGCCCCAGCUGUCGGGUCUGCCUUUCGGUCGGAGUACCAUGCCAUUACGCAGAUCGAAAUGAUCACUCUUCGUUACUUUGAUCCUGCCAGUCUGGAAAUCCUUGAUCGGCUGAACCGCAUAAUGAACACUCAACAGGACGUUCUAAAAGCCGUGCGAGACAGCAGUAAUCUUGAGACGCAUACAAUUCCAGAUUGCCCAUCUUCGGAAUCAUACAGCUUGCCCCGGACAGUUCUUUCGGAAAAAACGAAUCAAGCUGAAUUGUCAAGUAGAGAUCCUGCCGCAAACAUCUUUGGUGUGACUUCUUCUAAUACAAGUCCUGACAACGUGCUUAUAUGGCCCAUUUUCCUUGGAAACUAUGCAGCGAAAUGUCUCCAGGAUGCUCUUUUUUCACUAAGUUCGUCAGGCCCUUAUGGGAAUCAAAGCUCGAAAAAGCUUGCGAAAUUUCCCUUUCAAGAAGACAAGGUGUCACAUCUAAUGGAGCGAUUCUUCCAGCUGGUGCACAUUAAGAAUCCUAUCUUAGACCCAGAAGAGCUACAGGAGUAUUCUCGAAUAGUUAUUGAGGAUGGACUAAGCUGGGACGAAGGCUCGUGUCUUGUGCUUCUGGCAUGUGCUUUAGGCAGAAUCGCACAACCAUUUGUAAAUGGCCAACAAAUGGAAAACUUUGACCCAUUCAACCCCCGGGAUGAUUCCUCGUCAUUUGAAGAUUCCGACUUGGCCGAGGCAGAGUCCUUUUUUUAUUUGGCUCGCAGACGUAUCGGUGUCUUGGACCAGUCAAUCGCUGCUGUUCAGGGCUUUUUUCUUUGUGGUGUUUACUACAUGUAUACCUUUAGACCGUUGGACGCCUUCCAGAGCUUUCACCAGGCAUCGGUCAUCUACCAGAUUUACUCCAAGUCUCGAAAAGGUCCCACGCCAGUCUUGUCUGAUAGCAAGACUGAGCAGACGCUAUUCUGGAGUUGUUUUAAAUCAGAAUGGUAUGUAAAAUGGUCUUAUUGCCUGAGUUCGACUCACAAAUUACACAGUGAAAUAUUGUCUGAAAUUGAUCUUCCCUCUUCGGGAGUUUCUUGUUCAGACUACAUCGAUGUUUUCCCAAACCCCCCUCACUCGGAUGCAUCCGCGGUCAGUUCAACAAUCACUACCACCCCCGGUAGCAGAGGACGUGUGGACCACAGCCUGUCAAAUCACGGACAGGAGCAAGCGUGGUUCUACUACCUCUCGGAAAUAGCGCUACGGCGCAUCGGCAACCGCGUUCUGAGUACAUUUUACAAAGAAAACUUUACUUUCUGGAAGGAGCUCGACAUAGUUGCCACGAUUCAGAUCGCCAAUGAGUUUUUCCGCCAGCUGAAUAUGUGGUACGAGUGUCUUCCUGUGCCCAUGCACUUUGACAGCGGCAAACCUGGGGCUUUCCCAGACAACGAGCUACCAUAUCUUCUGUACACACGGUACCAGGAAAUUCGGUCUUGGAUAUUUCGCCCUUUUCUGUUCUUGGCCAUUCAUUUGCCGCCAAAUAAUAUUCACCGGUCGUCUUUGGAUGAUCUUGUGGCGGAGUCUGGAACUCCCUUACACACCGCCAUCAUGGAACGUGGUAUAUGCUUCGGUUAA